AUUGAUGGUCUCUGCUCUACAGCCUACGGUGUGAACGUCACACGUUGAGCGGCGCAUGGAAGUUCGUCACCGUCGCUGUUGGACCUGCUGGAGCUUUCGAGGUUCUGAUCGGUUCCAUUUUUGUUUGGGUUCAAAUUCAGACUCUCUGCGUCGGCCUCCAAACCAGUUAUUGAUAAACAAACACCGUGAGGAUUUUGUUCAUCUUUAGACGAACACCGGAAACCGCUCAGUAAAGCGAAAGUUUAAGUCGAGAUGAGUGUGGAGGCGUACGGGCCGAGCUCCCAGACCCUCACCUUCUUGGAUACCGAGGAAGCGGAGUUGCUCGGAGCGGACACCCAGGGCUCUGAGUACGACUUCACCGACUUCACCCUUCCCAGCCAGACGCAAACUCAAGGCCAGACCCAGAGCCAGCUGGACGGACAGGUAAAUGGUCCUGAUGAGGGUCUUCACAACGGUGGAGUGGAUGACUCCGUGGCCAAAGCCAGCCAGCUGUUGGCCGAGCUCAACUUUGAGGAGGAUGAAGAAGACACAUACUACACCAAAGACCUGCCUUUGCACGCAUGCAGCUACUGUGGUAUCCACGAUCCAGCAUGCGUGGUAUACUGCAAUACCAGCAAGAAGUGGUUCUGUAAUGGACGUGGUAACACUUCUGGCAGUCACAUUGUGAACCACUUGGUGAGAGCCAAAUGCAAAGAGGUGACACUGCAUAAAGAUGGGCCGCUGGGCGAGACAGUGCUGGAGUGUUACAACUGCGGCUGUCGCAACGUCUUCCUCCUUGGCUUCAUCCCGGCCAAGGCUGAUUCCGUGGUGGUGCUACUCUGCAGGCAGCCCUGUGCCAGCCAGAGUAGCCUGAAGGACAUCAACUGGGACAGCUCGCAGUGGCAACCACUGAUCCAGGACCGCUGCUUUCUGUCCUGGCUGGUGAAGAUCCCAUCGGAGCAGGAGCAGCUUCGGGCCCGUCAGAUCACCGCCCAGCAGAUCAACAAGCUAGAGGAGCUUUGGAAGGACAACCCCAGUGCCACCUUGGAAGACCUGGAGAAACCAGGAGUGGACGAAGAGCCCCAACAUGUGCUGCUGCGCUAUGAGGACGCCUACCAGUACCAAAACAUCUUUGGCCCUUUGGUCAAACUGGAGGCUGACUACGACAAGAAGCUUAAGGAGUCCCAGACUCAAGACAAUAUAACAGUCAGGUGGGACCUGGGGCUGAAUAAAAAGCGGAUUGCCUAUUUCACACUGCCCAAGACGGAUUCAGGUGAUAUGCGGCUGAUGCAAGGUGACGAGAUCUGCUUGCGGUACAAGGGAGACCUGGCCCCGCUGUGGAAAGGCAUUGGCCAUGUCAUCAAAGUCCCUGACAACUAUGGGGAUGAAAUUGCCAUUGAGUUGCGGAGCAGUGUGGGAGCACCUGUGGAAAUCCCCCACAACUUCCAGGUGGACUUUGUGUGGAAGUCCACUUCCUUUGACAGGAUGCAGAGCGCUUUGAAGACAUUUGCGGUGGACGAGACCUCCGUGUCUGGCUACAUUUAUCACAAACUGCUGGGCCACGAGGUUGAGGAUGUCACUAUCAAGUGCCAGCUGCCAAAGCGUUUCACUGCCCAGGGCCUGCCCGACCUCAAUCACUCACAGGUGUACGCUGUGAAGACGGUGCUGCAGAGGCCUCUUAGUCUGAUCCAGGGUCCUCCUGGCACUGGGAAGACUGUUACCUCUGCCACCAUUGUCUAUCACCUGUCCCGACAAGGCAACGGACCAGUUCUGGUGUGUGCUCCCAGUAACAUUGCCGUGGAUCAGUUGACUGAGAAGAUUGACAAGACUGGACUGAAGGUCGUCAGGCUGUGUGCCAAGAGCCGGGAGGCCAUCGAGUCACCGGUGUCCUUCCUGGCUCUGCACAACCAGAUCAGCAACAUGGACAGUAUGCCAGAGCUUCAGAAGCUACAGCAGCUGAAGGAUGAGACUGGUGAGCUGUCGUCUGCUGAUGAGAAACGCUACAGGGCUUUGAAACGCACCGCUGAGAGGGAGCUGCUCAUGAAUGCUGAUGUUAUCUGUUGUACCUGCGUCGGGGCUGGUGACCCUCGUCUGGCCAAGAUGCAGUUCCGCUCUAUCCUGAUUGAUGAGAGCACCCAGGCCACCGAGCCAGAGUGUAUGGUGCCUGUGGUGCUGGGAGCCAAGCAGCUCAUUUUGGUGGGUGAUCACUGCCAGUUGGGUCCUGUGGUGAUGUGUAAGAAGGCAGCCAAAGCAGGUCUGUCCCAGUCCCUGUUUGAACGCUUGGUGGUUCUAGGGAUCCGGCCCAUCCGCCUGCAGGUCCAGUACCGCAUGCACCCAGCUCUCAGUGCCUUCCCCUCGAACAUCUUUUAUGAGGGCUCCCUGCAGAAUGGCGUCACUGCAGCUGACCGCAUCAAGAAAGGCUUUGACUUCCAGUGGCCACAGCCGGACAAGCCCAUGUUCUUCUAUGUGACUCAGGGUCAAGAAGAGAUUGCCAGCUCUGGAACCUCCUACCUUAACAGGACGGAGGCUUCCAAUGUAGAGAAGAUCACCACCAGACUGCUGAAGGCUGGAGCCAAACCUGACCAGAUCGGCAUCAUCACCCCGUACGAGGGUCAGCGCUCCUACCUGGUCCAGUACAUGCAAUUCAGCGGCUCCCUGCACACCAAACUCUAUCAGCAAGUGGAAAUUGCCAGCGUGGACGCCUUCCAGGGCAGAGAGAAGGAUUUCAUCAUCCUGUCUUGUGUUCGUGCCAAUGAGCACCAGGGCAUCGGCUUCCUGAAUGACCCACGUCGUCUCAAUGUGGCGCUGACCAGAGCCAAGUAUGGUGUGAUCAUCGUGGGAAACCCCAAGGCCCUCUCCAAGCAGCCGCUGUGGAACAACCUGCUGAACAACUACAAGGAGCAGAAAGUCCUCGUGGAGGGACCCCUCAACAACCUGAGGGAGAGUCUCAUGCAGUUCAGCAAGCCCCGCAAACUGGUCAACACCAUCAACCCUGGGGGACGUUUUAUGAGCACUGCGAUGUAUGAUGCCCGUGAGGCCCUCAUCCCUGGCUCUGCCUACGACCGCAGCAAUGCUGGUGGACGUCCGUCCAACAUGUACUUUCAAACUCACGACCAGAUUGGGAUGAUUGGGGCGGGCCCCGGUCACAUGUCUGCUAUGAACAUUCCCAUACCCUUCAAUCUGGUGAUGCCGCCAAUGCCUCCGCCCAGUUACCUGGGUCAGACCAACGGCCCUGCUGCAGGUCGUGGAGCUAUGAAGGGAAAGUCUGGGCGUGGCGGGCGGCAGAGGGUCCGUGGCUCAGGAAACCAGGGUGCCAGUCAGGGUAACGGACCAAACAGCCAGGUCAGCCAGGAUGGGGCCUCCCAGUCCUUCUCUCAGGGGCCGCUGACACAGGGCUACAUCUCCAUGAGCCAGCCCUCUCAAAUGAGCCAGCCUGGCCUCUCCCAGCCGGAGCUGUCCCAGGACAGCUACCUCGGCGAUGAGUUUAAGUCCCAAAUUGAUGUGGCUUUGUCCCAGGACUCGACUUACCAGGGUGAACGCGCAUACCAGCAUGGUGGGGUGACUGGACUGUCACAGUACUAGAGUGUCACUUAAAGAAGGGAGCUAGGCUUGAGCUGAGCUUAGUUCAUCAGCUUUUUAAUCUGGGAAAUAAUAAAACAUAAAAUGGAUACCUGUUUUCCUCUGCUACAACCGAAGCACCACUGAGUGAAAGCGACGGGAUAGCGAAACCAAACCUAUGACCAGCGAGAGAAAUAAGAGGGUAGAAGAAGAGAGCACGGAUAGACGGGCGGGGAGAUGGCAAGAGAGGCCGAGUGAACAAGCGAGAGGCAGGGACCGAUGUCCGUGCAAAGUGAAGGAGGAAAGUCAAGAAGAUGGCGGCGUGUGGUCGAGCUGCUGAGAGAGAGGGGAGAUCUCAACGGUCUCUAAUGGGAAUCCAAAUGAGGCUCAACUCCCAACAAAAUAAUCCAGCCAACCCCUUCAACCCACAGCCUCCAGGAAAGGAAGGAAAGCUCUCUUAUCUUCAGAUGGGGAUCGAAGUUUUCCAGCUGAAUUUGAAGAACUUGUUCUCCAAACUUGCAGGGGGGCAUGAUUACAGAAAGCCACCAAACAGGUAACACAAAACCCCCAUGCUAAAAGUUGGUUGCUCAACCUGUAUCUUUUAAAAUUUGGUUAUCAUGGGAGAAGAGCGGCACCAACAAUCUUCUAUUGGGCCCAAAAACCUCAGCAGCCUCUGAAGGAAGCAGCAGUCGACACACCCUCUUGGAGAGGAAAUGAAAACGGUUUCUGUGCUUGAGUCUGAGAUUAAAGAGCUUUGAAAUGAAAUACCUUUCAUUGGCCUUGAGAACCACUGGCUCACUCACAAGGUCUUUAAUGGGGUGGUUUCGACCACACGUCAGUGGUGGAGUGGCACGGGAAUUUCAGACUGUUUUUUCAAGGCAUGACGCGCGAAUCCCACCGAUAUCGCGAUCAUCAUGGGACAGUUUUUUCUUCUCUGAAGUACCUUUCUUAUCACAGAGCACAAAAUUGCAAAAAAGUCAUCGAAACUAUCAAACAAUGACCAGCAUUGAAUAUUCAACUCAAUGUCAUUUGAUGUUUCAGCGAAGGCUUUUCCUUAUUUUAAUCUUUUGAAAGCAGGGGUUGUUGAUGUCCCACUGUGCUUCAUGACCAGAUGUCUUUUUUAAAACACUCUGUGUACGUUUAGAUUGGCAAAUGCUUGAAUGCUUUGCAUCGAUUGAUUCCUCAGGGGAUUGUGGACUGUCAGCACUCAUCACACAAAUCCCUGCUUGAGGUAGAAGAAACCAAACAAGAGGGGAAAAGAAGGAUUAUAGUAGCCGAGGCUUACAGGCGGUCGUGGCAAUCAAUCCACCACAGGUAAGGAGUAGAAAAGGAAGGUGGCUGAGGGAGAAAAGGAUAUGAGAGUUUCUGAAUAAUGAGUUCAGAUCAUUGCCAGGGUUAAAAAUUUAGAGGGAAAUGUGUGGCUUUAGGACUGUUCAGCCCUAAAAGAUGACCACGCAUUAGAUGUAGUUGUAAACGCAGUGUCAGUUCACAGCAUUUUGAUUUUGUAAAUAAUGUUCACUUGACAAGCAAUAUAGCCAGGCUGAUUGCCCAGCCACACAAAUCUAAACAUAAUCUGGUUGAAAAAUUAAGACUUUCACAAAGGAAAUGUCUAAAAUCUCAACUUAACCCUACGAUUUAAAAAUUAACAUAAUAUGACAGAUCUUUGGUUCCUGUGUAUUAAAAUAUUUUGACACUUAACUAAACCCCAGUUACACACAGUGGUAAUGCCGUCGGUACUGAUUAGAUGAUGGAAAAGGAGAUAAAUGAAAAGUGAAUGAGAAACGUGAAUCAGUGCCUAUAACCAAUCACCUUCAGAUAAACAGCUGCAGCACAAGCAUGAAUGUAGUUAAAAUCAAACUACCAGCAUAAAAAACCUUCCAGACACCAGAGGGCUCAAGAAACCCACAGAAAAGGACUUGUUGUAUUUUAUGUUUUUAAUAAAAUCAGGCCAGGUAAUGAUGAGGUCAGUGAGUUUAGCAGCUGGGUUGUUUCUCAAAGGAUGGGCGGAUGAAAAAAGCCACCUUCCUUCUCUGUGGAGUAAAACAAACGGAGGCUGGUAGAAUUUAUUUUUCCUUCUGUGGACUUUUGAUUUGUGCAAAGCUGUGUUGCCUGCAUUAUGUAUUCCUUGUAGAGUUCCUCUCGAGAUUUAUUUGGAUCCUAAACCCUCUUCCUGGAGAACUGUGUGAACCUGAACCUUGAGUUGUUUCAAACUUUGCUUUUGUCAGAUGAUUCGCUGCUUUGUGAGUCAUGUUUUGUUCAUUUUGUGUAGUUUUACUAAAACCUGGUUUUGUAGCAACUUGCUGACAACAGGAAUGAGGCGGAUGCCGUUUCCUUUCUUCAUUAGUUUUGUAUCUUCUCCUCAAACUGUUCGAGGGAUUGUAGUUUUUUAACUCUUCCAGGAAAGACGCUUUCUGAACACAGUAAGAAUGUACUUCACUGUUGUUUCUCACCUGCUUCUCAUUUCAGCAGACAUGUGACAAUCAUGUUGCGAGUAGAUGUUGCCAUGUUUAAUUGACUUAGAAUUAGUUCUGUUUUGUUGGCAUUGUGCAAAUCUCUCAUUUGUGCAAUGAAUUAGUUUCACAUAUCAGCCCGUUCCAUUGAAAUCUUAACAUGUUAUAGCUUUAAGAACCUGCUGCCGUAAUAUUAUUGUAUUGCUUUGGUGUUUUUCCAUCUUCUGAGCCACGAUGAAUUGCAACAUGUGCAGUUAUCACCGAAGAAGUGAUUCAGUUGUAGAUUAGUUGUUUAACAUUUGCAUUCAAACCCAUGAUUCUCUACAUCAACAGGCAGAGAUUAAAUGAAUGGACUAGAGAGCUCAAUGUGAUGUAAAUACCUAUUUGAAACAAUGAGUCUUAUUUGCAGUGAAGUUUCAUCACAACAUGGUUGUUUGUUAAACUGAAUCAAUAAAAGCUGUCAACUUGA